AUGAUAGAAAAAGGUAGCAAAUCGAUUGCCAAAGAAGCAUAUCUCAUCGAACAGAUCCAAGGCAGGAACGUCAUCCACGCCGCCCAAACGACACUGGAGUCGUUGGAGCUCUUCAUCUUCUCAAGCCUGUCAUACGCAAAGAAGCUCAGCCGGGGCCAGUACGGCCACAUCUACCAUUUUGAUGGAAAGGCCGAAGCGGUUGAAUCCCUCCAGGUGACAAGUCCAGAGCUGGCUCGAAAAACGGCUGUUCUUCAACUCGGCAUGUUCGCUACCAAUUUUCGGGAGCCCCUCCCGCUCAGGCCGACAAAGGUAUGUAUCAUAUAA